AUGGCUUACAGAGGAGGACGAGGAAGAGGUGGGUUUGGCGUUGAGUAUGCAAAGUCAGAGCCUUUCGUGAUUUUCCCGGACAUUACGUUACCUGACCGCAAAUCAAUCUCAGAAGUCAAUCAAUUCAAUGAUCGUUUUGACAGGUUUUGGAGAACUUCGAUUUACCACUUAGGCGAUGGAGUUUCAAAGAGAGAGAGUGAGAGUUUAGACAUUGAGAGACCUGAUAACUUCCCUAAAGAACUUCUUGGAGAUACUUCAAGAGAACGGCCUGUGAAGAGAGCUAAAUGGACUCAGGACGCAGAUCUGCAGAAGUUGGAGGUUUUGGAGAAGCUUGAAGCAAAGCUUAAGGCUGAAGGGAAGGCAGAUAAUGAAGAAGGAGAAGGUGAUGAUGAAGCUGAGGAAUCUGAGGGAGAAGAUUCUGAUAACGGAGACUAUGAUAAGAAUGAAGAGUUUGAUGAUGACGACGACGAUUAUAACGGCCCAGAGGAUAAUGAUAAUGAAGCAGUGUAUUAAAGCUUCUUCUUCGUCUUGGGAGCCAAGAGAAGCUAGGCUUGUCCCCAUGUUUUUGUCCAAGAACUCGAGCACACUUAUUAUCCCUCUUGAUCUCAACUUAUAUGACCAAAGCUAAUAUCAAAUACGGAGAAAUGCAAUAGAUGAUCAUAGAUUAGUUAACAAUUAAUGUCUAAC